AUGCUGCUAUCCCUGGUGCUCCACACGUACUCGAUGCGCUACGUGCUGCCGGCCGCCGUGCUCCUGGGCACGGCCCCCACCUAUGUCCUGGCCUGGGGGGCCUGGAGGCUGCUCUCCUGCUUCCUGCCUUCCCGCUUCUACCAGGCGGUGGACGACCGGCUCUACUGCAUCUAUCAGAGCAUGGUGCUCUUCUUCUUCGAGAACUACACCGGGGUGCAGAUAUUGCUAUAUGGAGAUUUGCCAAAAAAUAAAGAAAAUAUAAUAUAUUUAUCAAAUCAUCAAAGCACAGUCGACUGGAUUGUUGCUGACAUCCUGGCCAUCAGGCAGAAUGCUCUCGGGCAUGUGCGCUAUGUGCUAAAAGAUGGAUUAAAGUGGCUUCCAUUAUAUGGGUGUUAUUUUUCUAAGCAUGGAGGAAUCUAUGUAAAAAGAAGUGCCAAAUUUAAUGAAAAAGAAAUGAGAAACAAACUUCAGAAACAAGUGAACGCAGGAACUCCAAUGUUUCUUGUAAUUUUUCCAGAGGGAACAAGGUAUAAUCCAGAACUAAAAAAAGUCAUUUCAGCCAGCCAAACAUUUGCUGCUAAAGAAGGCUUUGCAGUAUUAAAACAUGUGCUGACACCACGCGUAAAGGCAACUCAUGUUGCUUUUGAUUCUAUGAAGAAUUAUUUGGAUGCAAUUUAUGAUAUAACAGUGGCAUAUGAAGGGACUGUGGAUGAUAAAGGGCAAAGAAAAGAGGCACCAUCCAUGACUGAAUUUCUGUGCAAAGAAUGUCCAAAAAUUCAUAUUCACAUUGAUCGAAUAGACAAAAAAGAUGUGCCAGAAGAACAAGCAUACAUGAGAAGAUGGCUUCACGAACGCUUUGAAAUAAAAGAUAAGUUGCUUAUAGAAUUCUAUGAUUCACUGGAUCCAGAAAGAAGAAAUCGAUUUCCUGGGAAAAGUGUUACUUCCAAACUAAGUCUUAAGAAGACUUUCCCAUCAUUACUGAUCUUAAGUGGUUUGACUGCUAGUAUGCUUAUGACAGAUACUGGAAGGAAACUGUAUGUGAAAACAUGGAUUUAUGGAACCUUAAUUGGCUGCUUGUGGGUUAGUAUUAAAGCGUAA